AUGGUGCGCGAAAAUGCCGUCUUGACGCAGCUGGAGCUACAGGCGAACGAGAUUGUGCGUUCUCGGGCGCACAAGGUGGACGAGUGCCGCCGCUUUGCGUACGCUGUAUCGACCAGCACACUGCGCGUGCUCAACAUGACGGCGAACCACCUCGGCGACGAGGGUAUGGCGGCGUUCUUUGAUGCGCUGCCCCGCACGGGCACCUCGCUGAAAUCGCUGUACAUCUCUGUCAACACAUUCGAGUCGGCCUCGGGCUCGCUCCAGGCCGCCCGCAGCAUCGCGCGCUUCCUCAGUGACUCGGGAGCGUGCCGCGGCCUCGAGCGCCUGCACCUCAAUGGCAACCACUUCGGGUGGGCCGGCGUGCGCAUGAUUGCGCAUGCAAUUAUGGGCUCGCGCGCUGCCUGUACGCUGGGCGGCACGGCCGACGCCACGACGCACGACGAGAGCGUACUCGAUGCCGCGCCGCCCAACCGCUCGCUCAUACACAUCGACUUGUUUUCUACGGGGAUCGACUCGUGGGCACCGGCAGAGCCCCAGACAAUAUAUGCGAGCUGGGAGUCCAGCUCGCUCGUGACGCGGGACCGCUGGUGGAGCCUCGUGGAGCGACAGCUCGAAGAAAACGAGCGCCGCCGCAGCGCGGCGCUGAGGGCGGCCACGCAGGUGCUUGUCGCCGCACGGCUACUAGGAUGCAAGGUGCAUGAGGCCAAUCCGCAGUGCACGUAUUCGUUCCUGCGCCUUCCUCUGGAGCUGCGAUUGCGCCUCAUUUCAUAUGUGGACAGCGACGGCGUCCUCACGCACGAGCAGCUGGUGCAUGUGCUGCAGUGGGCAAGCGAGCCAGGUACUAUCGGGUACGGCACGAGGAUAGACCCGGCACCGGCACCGGCCACGCAGCUGGUGUGGCCCAUCCCGCCGUGGUCGUGGGACAACUGCUUCCAGCACCGCAGCGUUCGGCGCAACUGGCACAGCGACUCAUUCGACGAGGACGAUCUAGAUGGCAGAGGCCCACGCGACCCUGCCCUGCUCGCGUUUUGGGAGUGCACGGGCGUAGCACACUAG